AUGUCAAGCCAUUCUACAUCACAGAACGCGGCCGAGGCAGCCUUGCACAAAUCCACAGUUGAGCUAUGGUUGCUGUAUACGAUUGGCGUUACUUUGACGCUACUUCGAACAUAUACGCGAGUGAGAGCCGGUGGGAUCGGGCACCUACGGGCUGAAGAUUUCCUUGUCUGGGCUGGAAUUAUAUUUUACACGGCGCAGACAGCUCUAGCAUACAGCGUUGGCAAUGUCGCCCACGGCCUUGCGAACAAUGACAGAGUGAUAGGCUCGAAAAUUCAAGUGGCUGGUUGGACUACAUAUUCGGUAUUGAUCGGUUCGCUCAAGCUGUCUAUGUUGGCGUUCUACAUCCGCCUUACAGAGGGCCUUGGUUACCGAUAUCGAGGCCCGGUCUAUGUUGGAUUUGCUCUCGUGAUUGGAACUAUGCUCAUUAGCAUUAUCACAAUCUUCGCGGCAUGCCGUCCGUUCUACGGGUACUGGCAGAUCAAUCCAGAUCCAGGAAAUGCCUGCCAGGCUGCUGUAUCCAAGCCCGUUGUCUGGGCUUCCUUUGCUUCCAACGUUUCCACUGAUAUCUAUCUUAUCUUGAUUCCCAUCCCCAUGCUUUGGAUAUCCAGGUUGAAGCUCCUGAAAAAAGUGACAACGACAAUUGUAUUUGGUGCUGGACUGUUUGUCCUCGUCUGUGCUAUCCUAAAAAGUGUCUUCGUCUUGACGGAAGACCCGGUCAAUGGCGCACAGCUUGCUGGAGAAUGGGGCACCCGGGAGACCUUUGCUGCGGUGGUCACCACUAAUCUCCCUAUGAUAUUCCAUUUCCUUCGCCCCUUACUUUCUCGCUUGGUUGGUAGUGUGUUUGGCACUACGCAGAGAACAUGCAAAUCCCCCAUCGGCUUUUACAAGGUCGAUUGCGGCGCUGGCGAACAGACCGUUCAUCCUAUGACCGCCAAUUUGACGCUCAGCGAGAGUGAAGAACAUAUUGUUGAGAAUGUGAAGAUGGAUGACUUCCGUGACUCGAACGUGACGGGUAUUGGAAGGGAGCGCGACGGCAUCGUCGUCUCUAAUCAGAUAGAGACAACUUAUGGAGAUGGUGACGACCGUCCGAGUGGGCAUGGGCGGCGCGGGUGGGAGGCUUGA